AUGGCAUCUAAUGUUGUCAAUAAUUUGAAUAGUUUGUUCAAAAACAUCAAUUAUUACUCAUUUACUAUAUUCGGUAAUGUUAUGAUGGUUGUUGGUACUGUGGCUACUCUUUUAGGUAUUAUUGUGUUUAGCCACAAAACAAUGAGACAAAAUGCUGGCUGUAUUUAUUAUAUUGCGUAUUAUCUCGUCAAUGGACUCACAUUAUAUACUAGUUUAUUCGCAGCAAUUUUAUCGUUUUUUAAUAUUGAUCCUUCGUAUAAUAAUGUUGCUUAUUGUAAAAUUUCUUUCUAUCUUAGAAUGUCAUUGGGCCUAAUUGCGACAUACAUUCUUGUAUUGGCGUCGAUUGAUCGAGCUUUAAUUACUUCAGCAAAAGCGUCAAUACGACAACGUAGUACUCAUCGAUUAGCAUAUUGUUCUAUUUUUGGNAAAUCUUAUUAUCGUCGAGAUUUUCUCCGACGUCUUCUUUUGGUUGUAACUGGCAUAACUACAGUAAGAAAUCUCCGUAAUGGACGUGUUCAACCAAUCGAUGCGGCUUCAAAUGCAAACAAUAAUCGUCGUUCAAAAGAUCGUCACCUAUUCCUCAUUCUUCUCAUCGAAAUUAUUGGAUAUGCUCCAUUAGCGAUCAUAACAAAUGCUUAUGGAAUCUAUCGAGAAGCUACUCAAUAUCAAAUGAAAUCGAACGAUUCACAAGCAAUCGAAUAUUUUUUAUCUAGUUUUCCUGUUCUGCUUCGUGCUGUGCCAAAAUGCCUUAAUUUUUACAUAUAUCUAAUUCUAUUGAAAUCCUUUCGUCGAAAAACAUUUAAAAUUUUGCCCUAUUUCUGGUGUCAGCAUUGA